AUGCAAAGUGGCGCUCCGUUGCUCCUGCACCAACCGGUGAGCGGGCUUCACUCGCUUGACCGAAGCUUCUCACAAAGUGAUUGGCUUCGCAGACCGGUGCAACAGCGACGCUCGGAUCGCGUUUGGCGAACUCCAGCGGCGCACUGGAGUCACUGGAGACUGUCAGCGUCGUUGCUGGCCCUUGGCAGCUUCAAAUAUCCGCGUGUUUUCCGACCUAAUUUUCGGGCCGCUCGUCGGGCAACUGCAGAGAAGGCCUUUGAAGUUGCUGAGCAGUUUGUUUCGCGCUUCAAUGAUUACUUCGUUCUGUGGCUAGCGGUUGUGACCCUUGUUUCUGUUGCACGGCCGGCGACCUUCACCUGGGUGAACCAGGAAUGGUUCACGUGGCUUUUGGGCCUCUUGAUGUUCAGCGUGGGCCUAACAACAUCUGUGGAUGACUUCCGGACGAGCAUUCGAAACUGGCUGGCUGUGGUCAUAAAUGCAGCCGCAUGCUUCUUGCUCAUGCCGGCCUUGGCGUACUCGUUGGCAAUCCUCAUCAGGGCGGAUCCGCCAAUCCUGGCUGGGAUGGUCUUGAUUGGGUCUAUUAAUGGGGGCCACACAUCAAACUUGUGCACGCUGAUAGCGAAAGGCGACGUGGCCUUGAGUGUUUUGAUGACCAUGUCCACCACUUUGCUAUGUAUCGUUGCAACGCCUCUGUUGGCCAAGCUCCUCCUUGGCACUGUGGUCUCCGUUGAUGCUGUGGGGAUCAUCCUUUCAACUGUGAAGGUUGUGCUAGCUCCGACCAUCUUUGGGCUGGCCUUCAAGCAAUGGCUUCCAGAGACGUCGGACAGGGCGGCCAGGCUCACUCCUGUCCUUGGUGUCCUCGCGACUUGUGUUAUCGUGGGGUCUUCAGUGGCUUCCUGCCGAUCCUACAUUCUCUCGGCGGGCGCCCCGCUUCAGCUGGCAAUUCUGGGUCUCCACCUUCUGGGCGGCUUCUUUGCUGAAUUGCGGCUGCAAAGCAACUCAUCCUGCGUGAAUGCCUUGUAA